UAACGUCCUCUUAUGGCAUGGUGAAGGGACUUUAGGGAUGGUUUGGCUCAUGUUGUGACAGCUGCUUAAGCUGGGGCGUUUUUAAUUGGACUUUUAAAACAUCUCAUUGCAAAUAUGGGUUAGCCCCUGUGCGAUGUUUCCGACUAAAACAAUUUUAAUUCAGGCGAAGUCAUCGUUAUUGGCGUACGAAACAUGUACAAUACGUCAUGUAACAGCGGUGUGCUGCGGUCGGAGGAAUGUUCCAGUGAUGUUAGUAGUAACAUUUGGCACUUCAACAACCUUAAAUCCACCAGGAGGCACGAGGCUAGUUCUAGCCUGCUAAGUUUAGCCACUGAGGACGACGAGGAUGUCCAUUUUGACACCUCGGACUCAGAUAAUAACCAUGAGCUGUUAAUGGCAAGUAGACAUUACCCAUCCAUCCAGGAGUUUGCCUCAGCCAUUCCCAACCACCUGCUCCUGGGGUCACUGCUGGAGCACCUAUGCUUCGUCUACGAGAGUAACCCGGCACGUGCACAUGUGCUGUUUAAAGUCAUUGGCCAGCGUUUAGCAGCCAUGAACCUCCUCUCACCGCUGGCCAUAAGUGAUGAGUUCAGCACCGUCAGACUGCAGCACAACCGGGCCUUCACAGAGCUGCUCAACGCUGCCACCUCCUCAUUGUACCCACAGAGUCUUAGCACAAACGCACACAAUCCUUCUGUAAGGCCUAAGGAGGGACUUUUUCAGGCGCAGACGUCACGGUAUCUCAGCGAGUUUGAAGAAACCUGCCGACUUGGGAAAGGAUCAUAUGGGAACGUUUUUAAGGUUAUGAAUAAACUUGACGGACAGUAUUACGCCGUGAAGAAGAUUCUCAUCAAAAAAGUCUCAAAGGACGACUGUAUGAAGGUCCUCAGAGAAGUGAAAGUGUUGUCCAGCCUGCAGCAUGUUAAUGUUGUGGGAUAUCACACUGCAUGGAUGGAACAUGUUCAGCCAGUGUCAUACCCUACAGAGCCUCUACUUCCUGCACUGAAGUCACCUGGACAACUGGACAGUUCUGAUGAGAGUUCCAACAGCAGCAACCACAGCUCCUCCAUCAUCUUUCAAAGCCUCAGUCAAGAAGCAGCUGCAUGUGUCAAAGACUCUCCAAAAGAGGACCAGUCCGUCAAAGCUUUAGUUCCAGCUCAAGACAUGGGCCAGGCAAUGUGUCCCAAGAGCAUGCAUCGCAUCCCUGAGAACUAUGUUCCCUGCGUGUUCCUGGGACAGCGGCUUACCCCAAAUGGCUCCAAAUGUCCUGCCAUGGGUUUGGACAGCUCGGUUCUGUUUGAGGAUGGGUCCAGCGGGAGCAGCAUUGAGCUGAACAACAACUUCUGUAUCGACAAAGAGUGUAAGCCGUGGACGGAUAAACACACAACAAAUUCUUCUAAAGAGGUUCAGUUUCACCUGAUGCUCUACAUCCAGAUGCAGCUGUGUGAGCGUUCACUGAAGGACUGGAUCACAGAGAGAAACGCCAAGCCCAGAGAUGAACAAACUUCAAAAGGUCCGUAUGGAUGUGUUGAUGUCGAACACACACUCAGACUGUUGAGAAACAUACUUGAAGGGGUGGACUACAUUCACUCCAGAGGAAUCAUGCAUCGAGACCUGAAGCCAAGGAACAUUUUCCUCCACGCUCAGGAUUGUCACGUUCGAAUCGGAGACUUUGGUUUGGCCUGUAGCAAAAUAAUCACAGAAGGUCAUAAAAGCACCACAUCUCCCAUCAGUGAUUCCUCACUCACCACUGGUGUUGGAACAUUUGUGUAUGCUGCCCCGGAACAAAUGAACGGCUCCCAUUACGAUUCGAAGUCGGACAUGUAUAGCGUCGGAGUGCUGGCUCUGGAGCUGUUCCAGCCCUUUGGGACGGAGAUGGAGCGAGUGCGGACGCUCGGAGACGUGAAAGACGGGAAAAUCCCUGACUCGUUCUGCCAAAGGUGGCCGGUCCUGGCAAAAUACAUCACGAGGCUCACGAGUAAAGAUCCAAGUGUUCGUCCAACAGCCGGGCAGCUUCUACAGAGCAAACUGUUCUGCAGCAAAGACACGGUGAUCCAUGGUUUGCAGAGGAAGGUUGAAGAGCAGGAGGAGGAGAUCAUGCAGCUGAGGCGACAGAUCAGUCAGCUCCAGACCUCACAAGUCACAGUUCAUUUCUCAGACUCGGACAAAACCUGAGCCUCACAGACCUUAAAAAUCUGGGACUGUUAAAACUUGCCUUAUUCAAGUGUGUGUGGUGUAUGCGUGCGUGUGUGUAAACAUUUAGGUGUGUCUUAUACACCUGGAUGUGAAGGUGCAUUUAUUUAUCUUCAAAAUAAAACCACGUUGUCCAGUG